CCUUUUUUUUCCAGUAUGGUGGAAGGUCCCGGUUGCAAGCUGAACGGGGAGAAAAUCAGAGGUCGAAUUGCCCCGGGUCAAACCGUGAGGUGUGUGCGGGGAACUGCAGUGGUCCCAUCUGCGCCGCAAAUUGGAACCUUAAAGAGAAGAGCCGCUGACGGCGUCUCCGAUAGGAUUACCGGAAAUAAGAAUUUGUGCCAACAUUUCUUAAAGGUAGUUAAUGGAUGUGUGUACUGUGGCGUGGAAACUUUGGGGAAAGAACUUUUCAUAUUCUUUGGAGAAAAAGCCUUAAGGAUCCACUUUGGCAUGAAUGGUUCUAUGCGUAUAAAUCCAGAUGCAAGCCAAAACAGAAGUGUAGCACUAACAGCCUUAGAAAUACAAUUUACUACUGAUUUGAUUUGUUUCUACGAUGCAACUGUAGAGCUUAGAAACACAGUUGAAUGUGAAGAAAAAAUUAGAAUGCUUGGAGAUCUAGAUGUCUGCAGUACAAAAUUUAGCUUCCAAAGAGCAGAAAGUGAGAUUAAGAAGCAAAAGGGCCGUAUGUUAUGUGAUGUAUUGCUUGAUCAGGCAAUCCUACCUGGAGUGGGAAAUAUCAUAAAGAAUGAAGCACUUUAUGACAGUGGUCUACACCCAAUUGUUAAAGUUUGUCAAUUAACAGAUGAGCAAAUAUGCCAUUUGGUGAAAAUGACUCGAGAUUUCUCACUUCUCUUUUAUAAGUGUUGCAAGAUGGGAUUGGCAAUAAGUAAACACUAUAGAGUGUAUAAUCGCCCCAGUUGCCACCAAUGCAGUGGAAAGAUCACAGUAUGUCGAUUAGGAGAGAACAACAGAAUGACCUAUUUCUGCUCACAGUGCCAAAAUGACAAACCUCAGCCUGGGGAUUUGUGGCAGCCAAGAAGAAAUAGUUUAAGUGGCUGGCCAUUCAGCAGGGAAUUUUGUUCUAGAGAGGUUGCUCAGAAGUCAGAAGAGGAGUGGGCCUGCAAACUCUGUACUCUAUUAAACAAGCCUUCUGUGAAAAUAUGUGAUGCGUGCCUGACAACACGGUCCGAAGAAAGAAAUGGAGGUUUAACAACAGAUAAUAGCUCCUUAGUCAAAUAUCCAUGUUACAACUUUGGAAAAUCAAGAAUGGAAAUUAAGAUAAAUAGGAAGACGGCAUUUGGGACAGCAACUCUAGUAUUGACAGAUUUUGCUGGUAAAGACAUUCUACUGGAACGUAACAGAAGUGAAAGUCGAACUCCAGAUGGAGGCUCUCUGCAUGAUCCUUCAAGAAACGAUUUUAAUAGUACCAACCACUAUGAAGUAAAUUCAUCAAUACCUUUUCCCCAUCAAUGUAAUUCUUUAAAGCCAGCAUCAAAGAAACAGAAAAUAGAUUGUUCAACUUCAUCUGUUGGAAGCCUUACUGAGAAAUUUGUAAACAGAGCACCUCCAGAUAAUAUGACAGAUGGCUCUUGCACAUUAAAUGCUGGCAGUCCUCGCUGCAGUAAACACAGUCGCUUAUGUGUUCUUCGCAUCGUGAGGAAGGACGGAGAAAACAAGGGCAGGCAAUUUUAUGCUUGUCCUUUGCCAAGAGAAGCCCGGUGUAACUAUUUUGAAUGGGCAGACCUGCAUUUUCCUUUCUGCAAUCAUGGGAAUCGCUGCAUUAUGAGGACAGUGCUGAAGAUUGGUCCUAAUAAUGGAAAGCAUUUCUUUGUGUGUCCUCUUGGGAAGGAUAAACAGUGUGACUUCUUUCAAUGGGCUGAAAAUGGUCUAGGAAUGAAGAUUAUCCCAGGAUGCUGAGCUAUUCAACUGCACUGGACUAUCUGGUGCUAAUCUUCUCAAACUGUGUGUGCUCUACUGCUCUUCUGUAGGAGAUAUUUUAGUAGGGUUAUGAUCAAGUGGCAGUUUGUGAUUACAAAUCCAUUUGUGUUAUAUAUUUGAACGUUCCUUCUCAUACCCCUCUUUGUAUUUCUGCUAUUUUCUGUUCAUUAUUUGUUGCAUUUUACCUAAUACUAGAAAAUUUCAGACUUAAUAUCUGAACAAUAGGUAGUCUUUUUCUUAUCUUAGUUGUUCCCUCAUGCGUGUACACACACACACACACACACACACACACACACACACACACACACACACUUGGAUAUCAUUGUUUGUUCAUGCCAUUUGCCCUUCAACAUUUUUUCCUCUUUGUCUUUAUAUAAAAUUUUUAUUUCAAUGCAUUUAAUAUGAAUAGAUUGUAUAACAUCUUUUAAUCAGUUAUGAAAGAUUAAUAUUUUUAAUAAAAUGUUUCAAACAGU